CCGGAAAUCCAAUGUUUGAUAUGACGUCUGUUGCAUCUGUGCUGUUAAGAAUUGUUGAGCGCCACAGUCUGCAGAAACGCACGCUGUUUUAUUAUCAUGGCUCAGUUUAAAUAGGCUACUGGAGACGCGUGUCUUCUCUCUUCUGAAAACAGCCGGUAGUUUAAAGUCUGAAUUUGUGAUAUUGGAAACAAACGGGACUCGCUGCCACCAAACAGUUUGUUUGUCAACUGUCUGACAUUCAUUUGGGAUUAAAAUGGUCAUCAAGGUUUACAUCGCCUCCUCAACCGGCUCUGUCGCGGUAAAAAAGCAUCAGCAGGCAGUGGUGGGUUUUCUGGAGGCCAAUCGAAUCAGCUUCCAGGAAGUAGACAUCACCAUGCUGGAGGAGCAGAGGCUCUGGAUGUACCGGAACAUCCCCAGAGACAAGCAGCCGGAGAAAGGCAACCCACUGCCUCCACAGAUCUUCAAUGAGGAUCGAUACUGUGGGGACUAUGAAGACUUCUUCCAGUCGAAAGAGGACAACACUGUGUUUGCAUUCCUUGGGCUCAGUUCCCAGCCCUCGGUGAAAUGUCACCUACAGAGUCACAAUAAACUCUUGGACCCACCAUUGUGCAGUGAUUGCGACUGGAUAAGAAAAAUGGACUUAAAUACAGACUCCAGAGACAGGUGAAGUGGCAAUGACAGUCAAGCAGAGAAUACAUGUGAGGAGGUACUGCGCACUAAUGGUGAUGGCUGAUGAGGCAGGAGGUUUACACAUGAAUGGAUGUUUGUUGGCCUAACAAUUUGCUCUAAUCCGACGCCAGAAAAUGAAUUGAUACAUACUGUACCCUCCUAGUGUCUAAUUAUUGAUUAUUAAAAACACCUGCAUCUCUCUAAAUAGACUAACCGCUUUUUUACCCGCUUCUAAAAUGUUGCUUGCUUUUCAAGGCUGUUCGUCACUUAGUACUGCCUCUACUGGCAGAAGCUGUAUCACUAAGAACUAACAAAUGUAACAACUGUUAAAUUCACCUUUGUGCUGUUGUAUUUUAAUCAAAAGAAACUGAGAUUUGCUCAUAAAAAGAGUCACUUUUG